AAAUUCUAUGGCACAGUGUGACACACUGUACUUGUGAGUGAAGGACUGAAGAUAUGGAUCCUCAUCAAAAACUGAACCUGAAUGCAACAUCAUGCAGGAUCCAAAGUCAAGCAUGAACCUCCAGAUCGAGUCCAAAUCCAGAGUUGUUCACCCACCAGCAGUUGAAGUGUGAAGACCUUUCGGCCAUGCGUAGCAGGCUCUUGGACUUGUUUCUGGUCAAUGUGUUAACAUGUGGGCUGGAGAUAUGCAUGGCUACCGGCACCAUCUACAUCCCCCCCAUGCUCCUGGAGGCUGGAGUGCAGGAGCGCUUCAUGACCAUGGUGCUUGGUGUUGGCCCUGUACUGGGUCUAAUAUUCGUCCCUCCACUCGGUUCAUUGAGCGACAGGUGGCGCAGUCGUUUUGGGCGUCGGCGUCCCUUCAUCUGGGCCCUGUGUGUUGGUGUUCUGCUCAGCCUUGUGUUAAUCCCUCGUGCUUCCCAGAUCACCUCUCUGUUCUCUAAACAGCACCAGUCUGGGUUGGAGAUUCUGUUGUUGGUGUCAUCCAUCUGCGUACUGGAGUUUUGCGGUCAGGCCUGCUUCACCCCUCUGGAGGCACUGGUGUCUGAUCUCUACCCUGGAGAAAAGGAGAGCCGUCAAGCAUUUUCCUUCUAUUCCAUCAUGCUCAGUCUGGGAGGAUGCAUCGGAUAUCUGCUUCCAGCUGUGGACUGGACAGGCCUAGGUGUGUCAUCUUACCUGGGAGGGCAGAAAGCCUUUAUCUACACACUCCUCACAGGGCUAUUCCUCAUAUGCCUCAUGACCACAGUCUUGAUCUCAGAAGAGCCAACAGUCAGAACUGUGACUGAGUCGUCUAGGAGAUCUCAGAGCUGGUACGGCGCAUGCUGUGGGCCGUUCGGUUUGUUCUCCAGAGUGCAGUUGCUGAAGUGUGCCAUGGGUAAUCUGUUGGCAGUCAUGCCCAGACUCUGGUCACUGUACAGUCACAUUCCUAGGGUGAUUGCUAGGCUGUUUGUGGCUGAGCUGUGCAGCUGGAUGGCUCUUAUGACUUUUGUGCUGUUUUACACGGACUUUGUGGGGGAGGGAUUGUAUCAUGGUGUGCCCAGCGCUAAGACAGGCUCUCCGGAGAGACUUCGCUAUGAGGAAGGUGUGCGUAUGGCCAGCCUUGGGCUGUUCUUGCAGUGUGUGACCUCAGUGACCUUCUCAAUACUGAUGGAGAGGAUGGUGGCAUGUGUUGGUGCACGUGUACUCUAUUUGAGUAGCUUGGUACUCCUGGCGUUAAGCAUGGCUGUAAUGACCGUCUCGAAGAAUGUCGUCCUGGUGACUGUGAUGGCGGCCUUGACGGGUUACACCUUCUGUACUCUGCAGAUCCUGCCGUAUACACUCACCUGUCUUUACCACUCAGACAAGCAGGUGUUUUUUUCCAGUAGCAAACUCCUGUCCAGCAAGAGUGGCCUGGUUAGUCAUAAGCAGGUUUCUGCUAUGUUCCCGAGCCCAAACUACUGUUUGAAUGGCCAUGCUGUAGCAGGAAUUGCGAUGACCAAACAACCUGUUUCCUCUUUACUUGUUUCACACGUUUCCCCAGAUGUGGACUCCUUGCACGACUCCUUCCUGCCUCAGAGGGGAAUGUGUCUGGACAUUGCCAUCCUGGACAGUGCAUAUUUCUUGUCGCAGGUCGUACCGUCACUCUUCAUGGGCACCAUCGUGCAGCUUUUCAGCAGCGUCACAGCCUACACAGUGUGCUCUUUGGUUCUUAGCCUGCUUGCCGUCAUUCUUUCCAGCAGGAUUGUCUUCACCAGGCAGGAAAUGGAAAUGUUAAAGUGAUUCAUCAGUGGUCUAACAGUAUCUGUAGCAUUUAAAGCUAUAAAUAUCUGAUAAAGUGCAUGCUGGCCAGAGCAUUGUCAGGUUUACACACAGCUGCCAUGGUAAGAGGUGUGUGUUUAGUAUUUUUAUCUCACUCUGAUGAAAUUCUGAAAAAUCUUAUCCACUUCAAAGAUAAUUCUAGCCACUGUUACGUUCCCCCACCAAGUUCCCAGCAACCUUACCCACUCCUGAGGGAAUCCUAAAGACCUUUACCUUCUUUUAAAGAAACCCACAGCAUCUUG